CAACAGUCUGUAGAGAAGAAACUGAACUGAAACUGAAACUACUAAACCCCAUCUAAGCAAGAAAAAAAUCAAAUAAGGGGAGAAAAUGUCGACGAUCAGAAUUCCUCAAGAGGUUCCGUCUCCAGAUAAAGACUGCGAAGCAAUCAACAAUGCUUGCAAGAGUGAUUGUUGUUUGGUUUUAGGGCUUGGAACGGACGAGAAGGCAUUAAUACGGAUUCUCGGUUGCAGAAAUUCAGCUCAGAGAAGACUCAUCCGAGAUACUUAUCACCAGAUUCACAAUUCCUCCCUCAUCGAUUGCCUCAACGACGAGCUCUCUGGUGAUUUCAGGAAAGCGGUGAUUCUGUGGACAUACGAGCCCUGGGAAAGAGACGCAAGGCUUGCGAAUGAAGCGUUGAAGUCGAGAAGGAAAAACCUAACAGAGCUACAGGUUAUAGCAGAGAUAGCAUGCGCCACAUCGCCUCAUCAUCUGGUUGCUGUUAGACAAGCCUAUUGCUCUCUCUUCCACACUUCUCUUGAAGAAGACAUCAUAUCCAAUGUCUCUCUUCCCCUCCAAAAGAUCCUGGUCAGUUUGGUGAGUUCCUACAGAUACGAUAAAGAAGUGGUGGACUCGUCCGUGGCCAAGCUGGAGGCAGCUAAACUACGCGAAGCUAUUCAAGCGAAGAAACUAGACGACGACGAGCUCUUGAGGAUACUGUCGACAAGGAACACAUUUCAGCUCAGAAAGACUUUCCAGCUUUACAAGGAUGACUAUGGAACAUCCAUUGACAAAGACAUUAUGGCUUGUGGAAAGGGCAUUGUGGAGUCAGUCAUGAAAGUGGUCAUUUGGUGCCUAGACACCCCAGAGAAACACUUUGCCGAGGUUAUAAGAGCUUCAAUUGUAGGACUGGGGACUGACGAAGAUUCGCUGACUAGAGCCAUUGUAGCUCGGGCUGAGAUUGAUAUGAUGAAGGUGCGGGCUGAGUAUUUUAACGCUAAUAAAUCUAGUCUAGACAAUGCUGUCAUCGGAGACACGUCUGGGGACUACAAGGACUUCCUCAUGACUUUGCUUGGAGCAAAGAUCUGAUUUUCUUGUUUUUUCUUUCGUUUAAUGAGUUUUGAUUCAUUGGUGUGUUAUUUGACCUAUUACUUUCUGGGCACAUAAUUUGUUAGUUUGAUUGUGAAAUGGAUAAAACAGAGUGUAAUGUACUAAUAAGAUCAGACAUUGUCGUUUGAAA